AUGCUCAAGACGAUGAACGCACCAGCCAGUGCCGAACAGCGUUCGCCCACAGAGGCUCCCAAGAACGAGCACUCGUGGAGACAAUAUGUCCUUAUUGUCCUCUCGGGAUUUAUGCUUAACUUCACAGGCUGUGGCGUUGUCUUCGCCUAUGGAGUUUACCAAGCCGAGUAUGAGAAGAUGGCCGUCAGCAAAGGCACAGCAUUCACCGGAGCCUCGUCCGCCGAGAUUACACUGAUUGGAAGCUUGUCAUCAGCCAUGAUGAAGCUGGGUGCGCCCUUUGUGGUGGCAUGGUGCAAGUGCUUUGGUCCUCGCAUUGUGGUUUGCGUGGGAGGUCUUAUAUUUGGGGUAGCAAAUAUUCUCGCCAGCUUUGGAACAGCAUUGUGGCACUUCCAACUGGCCCAAGGCCUACUUCUGGGAAUCGGCAGCUGUCUUUCAUACAUGCCCUCGAUGAUCGUGCCGCCCACAUGGUUCUCAAAGCGCCGCGGCCUCGCCCUUGGCAUUAUCUCCGCGGGAACCGGUAUUGGCGGUCUGGUCUUCGCCCCCGUGAUCCAGGCUUGUAUGGAUGCUAUGGGUCUUCGGGAUACACUCCGCUUAAUAGGCUGCUUGUCGACGCUGCUAAUCUGUGCCUCAGGCGCCGUUCUGAUCUGGGAACCCGCUAUGGAGAAACGCUUGCUGGAGGAAGUAGCAGCCAAGCCCUCCUUAGUGUCUCGCCUUUUCCAGUUCCCCCUGCCCCCCUGGUCCCUGGUCCGGCAGCGCAAGUUCAUUGCCCAAGUGCUCAACGCAGCCUUUCAGAGUGCAGCUUACUACACGCCCAUUUACUACAUCUCGUCGUACGGGCAGACGUUGGGCUACAGCGAGUCAGAUGGAGCCAACUGGACUUCUCUCAGUAAUGCGUGCAACGCCAUCGGUAAGGUCGCCGUCGGGUACCUGGCCGACUAUAUUGGACGUUUGAAUUCCUUCUUCCUGGUCACUCUUCUCAGUGCUGUGGGUGCGGUGGCACUCUGGAUCCCCAGUACUUUGCUUGGGUCCACGUUGCAUGACGUGGCGGCGGCCAAGGGCUGCUUCAUUGUGUUCACUAUUUUCUACGGCCUCUUUGCUAGUGCCUAUAUUGGGCUAUUCUCGCCGGCUCUCGUGGAACUCUUUAGUUUGCAGGAGAUGCCCCGCAUCACGGGUAUCAUGUAUAUGGUGCAGGGGGCAGCCGGUCUAGUGGGCACCCCCGUGGCGGGAGUAAUGGUGCGCACAUACAACGGGGAGACUACCUCGCGUAGCUAUCUGGAUAUGGCUGCCUUUGUCAGUGCGUUGAUGGUGGCAUCUACCCUAACGGUUGCAUGGGCCCGAGUAGAACAAGGAUUCGACCGUAUUAGCGGCCGCCUUUCGUGGACAUGGAAGCAGUAG